AGAUCUGCUGUUGCUGUGGCUGUGGUGUAGGCUGGCAGCUAUGGCUCCGAUUUUACCCCUGGCCAGGGAACUUCCAUACAGCCCUAAAAAAAAUUAAAAUGUGGACCGUAUAGUUUAACUCCCUAGGUUCAAAGCCUGGCUCCUCCACUGAUUAACUCUGUGACCUGGGAAAGUAUGUCCCAUUUACCCCCUAGAAAAAUAGUACUCAUUUUCUAGACUUAUGUUGUGAGAAUUUGGAGAAAUUAUUCAUAUGCAAUAGGCUGAAGAAUGGUCACCCAAAAGAGAUGUUCAUGCUCUAACCCUAGGAUGUAUGAAUGUUACCUUGCUUGGAAGAAGAGUCUUUGCAGAUGUAAUAAAGUUAAAGAUCAUGAAAUGAGGUCAUUUUGGAUUGUCUGAAUAGGUCCUAAAUCAAAUGACAAGUGUCCUUAUAAAAGCAUGAGAGAGAAAGAUUAGACCAACAGAAGAGGAGGUGGCUGUGUGGUCAGGGAGGCAGAGAUUAGAGUGAUUCAGCCAAAGUAAAGGGAUGCUAACAGCUUCUAGAAGCUAGAAUAGGCAAAUAAUUGAUUCUCCCCUAGAUCCUCUGGAGGGAACACUACCUUAUUACUUUCACUUCAAACUUAUGGCCUUGAGAGUUAUGAGAGAAUAAAUUUCUGCUGUUUCAAACCAAGUAUAUGGUAAUUUGUUGUAAUAGCCAAGGUAACCAAUACACCACAUGAACUAUGCAAACACUCAAUGAACAUGGGGUAUUAUUACCCCUGAACAAUAGAAAAAUGAGGCCUAAUGGAUAUUGGUUUCUCCCUAGUCUUUCCAGUCCCUUAAGUCACUCCUCUUUGCAUGAAGAGUUGCCAGUACUGGGAGUUGCUAAGAAUGGAAGAUUUUUCUCUGGCACCUCCGAGAGGGCAGGAGUGUUUGUCAAAGUCUCCAACACUUUCCUUAGAGAAAGGAAAUGUUGGUGGCAGUUCCUACAUUUUGAGCCAAGGCAGAAACACAUAGUGCUCAGAUAAUGAAGUUUCUAUUUAUAACACGAACUUGUACAGAUUUCUCCACCGGAAGAACACUGGCAGUUGGACUACAGAUCCCACAUGUGUCCAAAUAUAUUUUGUAUGACUUAGCCAAUCCCAAGGCUUCCUGGAGCUGCAAACACAAGCAGAUGGUCCUGGCAGGGGCACCACCACAGGCUGUUGGCUGAAAGCUUUCUCUGGAAGCUUCUUAGGGAGAGAUUGUGCCUGCUGAGUAGGGUGACCAUGACCAUGCAUCUGGUUUGUCUGGACUGUCGUGUUCUCCUGUUGUACUGGCACCCCAAAUGGUUUAGCAUUUGUCACUCUCAAAAAUGUCCCAGUUUAGUUGAUAAACUAUGUGCUUACUUCAGUGUGGAGACACAUUAUAGUCAGCUUGCCAUGGAAAAAGAUCUUAAAUCACAGGAAAAGAAAGAUUUCUUUCCUAAUGAGUUAGGCAAUGUUGCAACAGUACCUCUAAAACAGAGGCAAGGAUGGGUGAUCCAUCUGAAACGCUGUAGUAUAUUUUUAUCCCCAUGGCUGGAGAAUUAAAGGGCCCCAAAGACCAAAUAUAGAGAAAUGGAUAAUGAAAAAUCCAUAAUUCUAACAGGCAGUUAAGGUCAAAAGCCCUCAACAUUUUGGAGACCCUACUAUUAGGCUCCCAACCAGCCAAAAUGCAUGAAGGGAUUUCUGGAGAAAGCAGGAAUACUCCACAUCUACCAGAGUUAGAAAGACACACUCAUUGAGGUGCUGUGUGGCCCGUGGGUACCUUUUCCUGUAGAGCAGUGCCUUUCACAUCCAACCAGCCAAGCCCACCUGGGCCGAGCUGGUGAAAGAGUCUGCAGAAUUUCAGAUUAGCCGUUAUUGCUACUGGAUGGAGGUCUCUGGUAAGAUGGCUGGAGUCAGGCAGUGGGACAGAUCAUCUCCCUCAUCUGGAGAGAGUUAAGUGACCUCUCACUUUCUGAAACUUUGUGCUGUGUUUGAGAUGGCAGGGUAGAGAGGAAGAAAGAAGGCAAAAAAGAUGAUUUAAUGUUGGGAAAGUAUCCUUUCAAUGGGAAAAUCCUUCUCUUAGUUGAGGACACAAAUCCAGCAAGGGAUUUAGAUCAAAAAAAGAACUGUCUAUUAUCAGAAUUAUUAGAGUGACUAAGAUCCAAAUUUGAUAAAAUGUCCUUUGGGGGAAUAUGGUUUUCUCAGGAUAGCAUCCUAUACUCUCCAGGGCUGAAGGAAAAAGACUGGAAAAGCCCAAACCAGCCAUAUUCCUAUAAUUUCAGGAUUUAGGCACAUGAAGGAGGUUGAAGAUAGGGUGAAAGAGGUAACAGAGACCUAGACCAUGAUCAGAAAGUUGGAAAGAAGAUACAAGUCAUGUAAAUUCUUGUAUAUUCCAACGUAUAUGCAAUAAUUCUAUAUAUUGUUGGUCAACACAUGGAUAAUAAAAUUAUACCAACAUUCAUUGGAAAAGCACACAUACACUAGAGGGGAAGAAACAGGUCUUCCUAGGGAGAAGGAGAGGGGACACAGACUGGCCAUGGUGGGAGUUUUUUAUUUUCCCUUCAUCAUUCUCCCAAAAUUAUAUUGGAAGCAAUGACUUUGAAAGCAGGGACAGGGACCUGACUUCCAUGUCCCUGCCGUCCUGUCCCCAUCUCUCUAGAGCUCUGCCACUCCUGGCUCCUUACAAGGUCUGCACAUUCCUGGGUAGAGGGUUCACCGUGCUCCUCCCUCCUAGCAGACAAUUGCCAAACUUUGCCUAAAGCUCAAUUAGAUUCAAAGUCCCAUAUUUUCAUGGAGAGAAUGUUGUGAGGUUUUAGGAAGUAACCUUUUCAGCCAAUCAAUGACCCAUGAACAGAGGGGUUUAAUGGCCCCAAGAGAAGCUCAGACUUAGCAGGGAGUGGAAUGUGUUGGGGAGAAUCCAGUAAACAUGUGGGUGCAUGGUAAGAAAUGGGUUAGGAUACAUGGAAAGGAUUUUCUCUGGUUUAUAUUAAUGAUUCUCUCCCCUUUUCAUACUUCUCCAGGCCAGUAGUCUCCAAAUGUAGCCAUCAAACAACAGCAUCAGCCUCACCUGGGCACUUGAUAGACAUGCAAAUUAUUGGGCCCCACCCCAGACCUCCUGAAUCAGAAACUCUGCGAGUGGUGCCAUCACUCCGUUUUAACAAACAGAUGAUGCUGGAGGACACUAGUGUUUGUAAACCAUUUCUCCAGACAUGGUCCUUGUUGCUCAUAAUGAAGACAAAUCAUUAAAAAUCACUACCACACGAUUUCUUGGUAGAGACUCUUGAUGUCAGGUUAUAAUGUUGUAUACCGAAAAACUUUACAAUGUUCUGUAACAAUUUUUAUCUCAAAAAAUUAUAAAACCAAAAAAAUUUAGCACUACUAUCCUAGUCAUCCCAUCCCUACUGUCCCAUCUAUUCCAUCCAGGAAGGAAAAAACAGGAGAACAAAGAAGAUCAACAAAACCCAAGUGAAGGAUAGUCCUAAACUAGCAAUUGGAGUAAACUGCUUGAGAACGAUAACAGGAAAGCAAAACAAGUAAAGCAUAAUGAUUUGAAAUGACAGCGAAACCUAAAAAAGAACUAAGAUAAUGCUAAAAUUAAACUUCAAUAAAAUAAGCUAAAAGUUAAAAAUAGAAUAAGAGGACUAUAAGUGACAUUUUCCCUAAAAGUAAUAACAUCUGCCCAUAUCAUAUAACCAUAACUAUUAAGAGUGUGGCCAUGUUAUAAAAAUAAAGCCCAUGAGGUUAAUGAGUUCAAAAAGAAAAGUCCUAAGAGAGGAAAAAUAUAUGGGUGAGGGGGAAUUAGAGAAGAAACAAAACAGAACAAGGUCCCUAAUGGGGGGGUGUGUCUUCCCAGCAUCUGAGGCAGAAGAUCCUAGUUUUUCUGGGGAAGAGGUGAGGUGGGGAGAGCUUUGCACACCCUCAUCACCUUCCCUUUCAUUAGCCCUUCUCAGGACCUUCCAGCUCUCCACAGAAGGCAGCAGCAAGUCUUAGACCAACAAAUAUCCCUACAAUAUAAACAUUAUGCCUGUUACAGUGACAGGGCCUCAUCUGGUUCUUUUUUUAUCCAAGGUAGAAAACCUUGGUCUGUCCUGACUAAUUAGGAGCUAAUUUGCUUUGAAUAAGUUCAAGAUGUCUUUGUUUUAUUUCCUCUGAAUCUUGGCUAUGAUGGCUUUGUUUUUGAAGACAGACAUUUUCCUCUAACCAUCCAGUAGAGAUAAGAAUCCUAAGCCAAUUGAAAUCCUACACUUAAUUGGGUUUAAGGACAAUUAAAAUGGCUUUUCUAUUUUAAGUUUUAUUAAGUGUUCUUUCCCCUCCUUGUCUUAUUCUGCCUAAGAGCAAAGACAAUAUCCGGGCAGCUCACACCCCAGUGAUGGCCAGAUCUCGGAAGAGAGAACGAGGGCUUCAGCUAGAUGCAUCCACAUGUCACCUGGGUGCAGCUGUGGCUCAUGAACAAUAAUUAGCCUAAAAGCCAGUGGGAAGUUUCAUUGCUUCCCUCCUCUCCUCCCCGAGAUGCCAGAAGAGAGCCGAACUCUCUCCUUACCAUAGAUGAGCAGAGCGGGGUGAACAGGUCACUCAAUUUGGAGGCAUCAGGACUUUUGAAAGCUUCCCAGAGGAUUCUAAUGUCAGGAGUUUGAGAGAAGGGCUGUUACCCGGGAUCAGUUUGCCCUCUCUUCCUGGAAAACUAAAAAAAGAGUUCGAUGUGGACACGCUCAGUAAGUCAGAGCUUCGGAUGCUCCUCAGCGUGAUGGAAGGGGAGCUGGAGGCCAGAGACCUCGUCAUCGAGGCCCUUCGGGCUCGCAGGAAGGAGGUAUUUAUCCAGGAACGGUAUGGGAGAUUUAAUUUGAAUGACCCAUUCCUGGCACUGCAGAGAGACUAUGAAGCAGGUGCUGGUGAUAAAGAGAAGAAGCCAGUUUGUACCAACCCCCUCUCCAUCCUUGAAGCAGUGAUGGCCCACUGCAGAAAAAUGCAAGAAAGGAUGUCCACGCAGCUGGCUGCUGCUGAGAGCAGACAAAAGAAGCUGGAGAUGGAAAAGCUUCAGCUCCAAGCCCUUGAACAAGAGCACAAGAAGCUGGCCGCCCGCCUGGAGGAGGAGCGAGGCAAAAACAAGCAUGUGGUCCUGAUGCUGGUCAAGGAGUGCAAGCAGCUCUCAGGCAGAGUCAUAGAGGAGGCCCAGAAGCUGGAAGAGGUGAUGGCCAAACUGGAAGAGGAGAAGAAAAAGAUGAGUGUGUUAGAAGAGGAACUCUCUGCCGAGAAACAAAGAAGCACAGAAAUGGAAGCUCAGAUGGAAAAACAGCUCUCAGAGUUUGACACGGAGCGGGAACAGCUUCGUGCCAAGCUGCACCGAGAGGAAGCACACACCACUGACCUCAAAGAGGAGAUAGACAAGAUGAAGAAGAUGAUUGAGCAACUAAAAAGGGGAAAUGACAGCAAACCCAGCCUCUCUCUUCCCCGGAAGACCAAAGAUAGACGUCUGGUCUCCAUAUCUGUGGGAACAGAAGGACCGAUGACAAGAUCUGUUGCUUGCCAGACAGACCUAGUAACAGAAAAUGCUGACCCCUUGAAGAAGCUGCCUUUGACGGUGCCUGUAAAGCCUGCCGCGGGGAGCCCCUUAGUUUCCGCAAAUGCUAAAGGGAAUGUGUCCGCAGGUGCCGCCCUGGUCAGACCAGGUAUCGACAGGCAGGCUUCCCAUGGUGACUUGAUUGGCUCUUCUCUGCCUGUGGCCCCACCUCCAAGUACAACCAGAAUUGAGGAAAAUGGACCGAGCACUGGCUCAACAUCAGAUUUAGCAAGUAACCCAUCCCCACUCCCCAGUAACGCCGCCCCACCCACUGUGCACACGCCAGGCCCAGCUCCCCAGGGUUGCUCACCAGCCCAGCCUCCACACAGUUUACAUUCCCCGUGUGCCGGUGCGCCUCUGCAUCCAGGUCUGAACCCGCGCAUCCAGGCGGCGCGAUUUAGAUUUCAGGGUAAUGCUAAUGACCCAGACCAGAAUGGGAACACAACCCAAAGCCCUCCGUCCAGAGAUGUCUCUCCUACAAGUCGUGACAACGUAGUGGCCAAACAGCUAGCUCGGAAUACCGUGACCCAAGCACUAUCAAGAUUUACAAGCCCUCCAGCGGGAGCUCCCCCAAGGCCUGGAGCACCCCCCACGGGGGACGCUGGCACCUACCCCCUGGUUGGUCGGACCAGUUUAAAGACUUCUGGUGUAGGACGAGUUGACAGAGGAAACCCGCCUCCCAUCCCUCCAAAAAAGCCAGGGCUCUCCCAAACUCCUUCUCCACCACACCCCCAGCUCAAGGUUAUCAUGGAUAGCAGCAGGGCCCCCAGUGCAGGGGCCAAGGUUGAUAACAAAACUGUGGCUUCGCCUCCUUCCACUUUGCCACAAGGGAUCAGGGUAAUAAAUGAGGAGAACCUCCCUAAAUCUUCCUCCCCUCAGCUGCCACCAAAACCAUCCAUAGAUUUAACUGUGGCACCUGCAGGCUGUGCCGUUUCAGCCCUGGCCACGUCUCAGGUGGGUGCCUGGCCUGCUGAAACCCCUGGACUGAACCAACCUGCAUGUUCAGAAAGUUCCCUUGUCAUUCCCACCACCAUUGCCUUUUGCUCUUCCAUAAACCCAAUUAGUGCCUCAUCCUGUAGAGCAGGUGCCUCAGACAGCCUCCUGGUAACAGCAUCAGGCUGGUCACCCUCCCUAACCCCUUUGCUAAUGAGUGGUGGUCCUGCCCCCCUGGCUGGCAGGCCCACCCUUCUUCAGCAAGCUGCUGCCCAGGGAAAUGUCACUUUAUUAUCAAUGCUGCUUAAUGAAGAAGGACUGGACAUUAAUUACUCCUGUGAAGAUGGCCAUUCUGCCUUGUAUUCUGCUGCUAAGAAUGGACAUACAGACUGUGUGAGAUUGCUGCUGAAUGCAGAAGCCCAAGUCAAUGCUGCUGAUAAAAAUGGCUUCACACCCUUGUGUGCUGCAGCUGCUCAGGGACAUUUCAAGUGUGUAGAAUUAUUAAUUGCAUAUGAUGCUAAUAUUAAUCACGCUGCUGAUGGAGGACAGACACCUCUGUACCUGGCCUGUAAAAAUGGAAAUAAAGAAUGUAUUAAACUCUUGCUGGAAGCUAAGACUGACCGAAGUGUAAAAACCAGAGAUGGCUGGACACCAGUUCAUGCAGCUGUGGACACUGGUAAUGUGGACAGCCUCAAGCUUCUUAUGUACCAUAGGACACCAGCUUGUAGAAACUCGUUGCAUGAGGAACCUGAGUCGGGCGUCUUUGAUUUGAAUCAGGGAGAAGAGAAUCCUGAAGGCUUAUCCAAGCCCGUUGUUCCUGCAGACCUUAUUAACCAUGCCGACAGCGAAGGCUGGACUGCUGCCCAUAUUGCUGCUUCAAAAGGUUUUAAGAACUGCCUAGAAGUCUUGUGUGGUCAUGGAGGGCUUGAGCCGGAAAGAAGAGAUAAAUAUAACCGGACUGUGCACGAUGUCGCCACUGAUGACUGCAAGCAUCUGCUGGAGAACCUGAAUGCUCUUAAAAUACCCUUAAGGAUUUCAGUGGGUGAGAUUCAACCAAGCAACUAUGGUUCUGAUGACUUUGAAUGUGAAAACACAAUAUGCGCUUUAAAUAUUCGCAAACAGACAACAUGGGAUGAUUUUUCAAAAGCAGUGAGUCAAGCUCUGACAAAUCAUUUCCAAGCAAUAUCCUCUGAUGGAUGGUGGAGUCUGGAAGACGUGACGUUUCAUAGCACCACUGACUCCAGCAUUGGCCUCGGUGCAAGCAGUGUGCGAUCCAUCACGUUAGGAAAUGUGCCGUGGUCAGCAGGUCAGAGCUUCACCCAGUCCCCAUGGGACUUUCUGAGAACAAAUAAAGCAGAGCAGAUCACUGUGCUUUUGUCAGGUCCUCAAGAAGGCUGCCUCAGUAGUGUGACCUAUGCAUCCAUGAUCCCUCUUCAGAUGCUGCAGAACUACCUCAGGCUGGUCGAGCAAUAUCAUAAUGUCAUUUUCCACGGCCCAGAAGGAAGCUUGCAAGACUACAUAGCACAUCAGCUUGCACUCUGCAUGAAGCACAGACAAAUGGCUGCAGGAUUCUCCUGUGAGAUAGUGAGAGCCAAAGUGGAUGCCGGUUUCUCCAAGGAACAGCUAGUAGAUCUGUUCAUCAGUAGCGCAUGUCUGAUCCCAGUGAAACAAUCUCCUGCUAACAAGAAAAUCAUCAUCAUCUUAGAGAAUCUGGAAAAAUCUUCAUUGUCUGAGUUACUGGGGGACUUUUUGGGACCUCUGGAAAAUCGCAGCACCGAAAACCCCUGUACUUUCCAAAAAGGAAAUGGAACAUUCGAAUGUUACUACUUUCAUGAGAACUGCUUUCUGUUGGGAACCAUUGCCAAGGCCUGUCUCCAGGGCUCCGACUUGCUGGUCCAGCAGCACUUCCGCUGGGUGCAGCUGCGGUGGGAUGGGGAGCCCAUGCAGGGGCUGCUGCAGAGGUGCCUGAGGAGGAAGGUCGUGACUAAGUUCAGAGGUCAGGUGCCCUCUCCCUGCGAUCCCGUGUGCAAGACGGUUGACUGGGCCCUGGCUGUCUGGCGCCAGCUCAACUCGUGCCUGGCCCACUUGGGCACACCGGAAGCACUUCUUGGACCAAAGUAUUUCCUGUCUUGUCCUGUAAUCCCAGGGCAUGCCCAGGAGACAGUGAGGUGGAUGUCUAAGCUGUGGAAUGCUGUGAUUGCACCCAGAGUUCAAGCAGCAAUAUUGUCAAGAGCCUCCCUGAAAAGACAACCUGGCCUUGGGCAAACAACUAGAAACCCUAGCCAAGGGCAGCAGGCUGUGGUUAGAGCCGCUCUCAGCAUCUUGCUUAAUAAAGCUGUUCUACAUGGCUGUCCCCUCCAGAGAGCAGAGCUAGACCAACAUACAGCUGAUUUCAAAGGGGGCAGUUUCCCUUUAUCCAUAGUUUCAAGUUACAGCAGUUGUAGCAAGAAGAAAGACAGUGGCGCGUGGAGAAAGGUGAGCACCAGUCCUCGCAAGAAGUCUGGUCGGUUCCCUUCACCCACCUGGAACAAGCCAGACCUGAUUGAGGAAGGUGUCAAAAAUAAGACUAUAUUACAGCUAAAUCGUAACAGGAAUACUUCUCUGUCAAAACAAAUGUCUUUAGAGAAUGAGCUAUCAUUGACAUUGAAUUUGGAACAAAGACUCUCUCUGGGUUUGGAUGAUGAAGCAGACCUUGUCAAGGAACUUCAGAGCAUGUGCUCCAGCAAAUCGGAGUCUGACAUAAGCAAGAUUGCUGAUUCCAGGGAUGAUUUAAGGAGGUUUGAUAGUUCGGGAAAUAAUCCUGCAUUUUCAGCAACUGUUAAUAAUCCAAGAAUGCCAGUGUCACAAGAGGAGGUCAGUCCUCUCAGCAGCCAUCCAAUGUCUGAAUGCAGCAACAGUAAAUCAAAGACUGAGUUGGGUGUUUCAAGAGUUAAAUCUUUUCUUCCUGUUCCUAGAAGUAAAGUCACCCAGUGUUCCCAGAACACCAAAAGAAGCAGCAGCAGCAGUAAUACAAGGCAAAUAGAAAUCAACAACAACUCAAAAGAAGAGAUUUGGAACUUACGCAAAAACGAACAAAUAGAAAAACCUAACAAAUAGGCCUGCCUACAAUAUUCUCAAUCUUAACUUCUGUACAUUUCACACAGAAACCAAGGACAACAAGAUGUAAAAUACCUUUAAACAAAUCAAAUGUUUUCACUGUAAUAUAAAGUAUGAGUGCGGGACCACUAUUCAAGUUUUUUGUAAAGAAUGUAUUUAUAACCUUUUUUUUUUUUCAAUUCCAUAGGAUUGAAUUGCAAUACCAAGAAGUUAUACCCACUUUUAAAGUAGUUUUAUAAUAGAAAAAUUCUAAUAGUUUUACUCAAGAUGUUCAGGGGUAUUAAAACAACUGUGUACUGUAUAUCUAUAUAUAUGUAUAUAUGUAUAUUUAAAAAAGCCUAUGAAUCAUUGCAUACUACAUGCUAAAAAUAUGUAACAGCUUAGAUAACAUGUAUCAUUUUAAAUGGAAAUCAUAAUUUUAAGUUCACUGGAUGAGGAAUGACUAGAAUGGGGCAAUAACAAAUCAUUUCUAAACAAUUACUUUUCUUAAAAGCCAUAUUAAGUAUUUUGCCUGUUAAAUUCUAGUUUUGUUUUAAAUCUUUUAAUGGUUGCAUCAUGUAUAUUUAUCCUUAUGAAUUUGCAUUAUGACUCCUGUAAAAUAUGAAAGUAUAUAAUGCAAUAAAAGUGUUAUCUUUCUUACAAAAGUUUUGUACCUAAGUGGACAUUUAAAAAAAACUGUAAAUGCUUCAAUAAAUUAACAGUUAACCCCCCUCUUCAAUUCUAGUGGCACAAUUGAUAAUAUUUUCUAGAACAGUUUCUUUUAAAAUGACUAAUGAAAUGACUUACAACUCAGUUAAUAUGCCUUGACAGCAAAUAAAAUAUUGAAUUAGUGAAAUAA